AUGAACUUAGGCAAAAACAAGCGCAUCAGCAAGGGGAAGAAGGGAGGCAAGAAGAAGGCCUCGGACCCCUUCACCAAGAAGGACUGGUAUGACAUCAAGGCUCCCACCGUUUUCACGGUCCACAAUGUGGGCAAGACCUUGGUGACCAGGACUCAGGGUACCCUAAAACCCUAA